AUCGAAGAUAUUAAUGACCACACACCAAAAUUCACGCAAACUUCCUUUGAGCUGCAAAUAAGUGAGUCCACAAACCCUGGGGCACGAUUUAUUUUAGGAUCUGCCCAUGAUGCAGAUAUUGGUACCAACUCAUUACGGAAUUACCAGCUCAAUCCUAAUGAUCAUUUCUCACUCGUGAAUAAAGAGAAAUUAGAUGGUAGUAAAUACCCUGAGUUGGUACUAAAGAUGCCUUUAGACCGGGAAGAGCAGAAAUCCUACCAGUUGACCUUGACUGUGCUGGACGGCGGGAAUCCAUCCCUAAGUAGUACUGCCCAGAUACAGGUCCUAGUGACUGAUGCCAAUGAUAACCCUCCAGUGUUCAGCCAAGAACUAUACAGGGUGGGCCUUCCGGAAAAUGUGCUUCCUGGCACCACUGUGCUUCGAGUGAUGGCCACCGAUCAGGAUGAAGGUGUCAAUGCCCAGAUCACCUUCUCUUUCACUGAAGCAGGCCAGAUCACCCAGUUUGACCUGAAUUCUAACACGGGGGAAAUUACUAUUCUAAAUAUGUUAGAUUUUGAGGAAGUCAAAGAAUAUUCCAUAGUUUUGGAAGCAAGGGAUGGUGGAGGAAUGAUUGCCCAAUGUACCGUCGAGAUAGAGGUCCAGGACAUAAAUGACAAUUUCCCAGAAGUGGUAAUCCAGUCUCUACCGGAUCUUAUUAUGGAGGACACCAAGCUGGGAACACACGUUGCUUUGAUUAAAAUCCGUGACAAGGAUUCUGGAUACAACGGAGAAGUUACUUGUAAAUUAGAAGGUGAUGUUCCGUUUAAAAUACUCUCUUCUUCUAUAAACACCUAUAAAUUAGUGACAGAUGGAGUUCUAGACCGUGAGCAGACCCCUGAGUACAAUAUUACUGUCACAGCCACCGACAGGGGAAAACCGCCCCUUUCCUCAAGCUCCAGCGUCACCCUGCACGUUGGCGAUGUCAAUGACAACGCGCCGGUUUUCCCACAGCCUUCUUACGUGGUCCACGUGGUUGAGAACAAUCCUCCUGGAGCCUCCAUCGCCCAAGUCAGCGCCUCCGACCCCGACCUAGGGCCCAAUGGCCGCGUGUCCUACUCCAUCGUGGCCAGCGACCUGGAGCC